AUGGAUGAGCCUCAAACCCAGGCGACCUCAACGUCCAAACAGGAAGACGAGGUGCCGCCCUACCUGUUAUCCAAAGAUGAGCAGCGCGUUCUGGAGCUCUACGAUGAGCUGCGCGACCUCGAGGUGAAGAUUGCCCUCGUCAGAGCGCAACAGAGUUACAGACCAGAUUCUUCAGCUCCAGACAGCCAAGAUGAUGUGCGAAAAGCGCAGGAGGACGCGGCCAAGGCGCGUGCUGGAUGGCUCUUGAGGAACGAUAUCACGGAUAGCGUCAUGACCGCCAACCCCAUCCUCAAAGCUGUGCAUGGAAGCACACAAGCCACGCCCAUUGAAGUGGACCUUUUACCGCACAUCAACUCCCGCGAUACCUCGUCCGUCGCCCUCGCGCAGACAUCUAAUGAGAUCCGCACGACUCUCGACAAACUCACUGACGUCGAGGCCGAGAGCCUCCGUGUCGGCCGGCGCAACGUCGAACUCACCGCCGAGGUGCUCCGAUUAGCGGAGGAGGCUGAGAGGAGGAAGGCCGGCGAGACCGACGAUCCGGCCGUGCAGGCCCAGAUGGCAAGCUUACAGGCCGAGUUGAAAGCGAGCAGACAGCGGUGGAAGGUCAUGAAAGGGACUGCGAGUGCCGUCGUGGCCGGGAGCGGUGUUGAUUGGGCGAGGGACGAGGAGUUGAGAGAGAUGGUGCUGGAUCCUGAGAAUGACUGA